GCCUGGCCGGCAGAUCAUGGGGUUGCAAGCCAGGAAUCAUUAGAUGGCUGUAUACCAUGAUAGUAAGGCCUAUUAUCACCUAUGGAGCGGUGGCUUGGGCCACCAAAGCAGCUCAGUCUUCGGUGAUCCAGAGACUGUCAAAGCUGCAAAGACUUGCCUGUGUCUGUGCUUCGGGGGCAAUACGCACAUGCCCCACUGUGGCACUGGAAGUCAUACUGGAGCUCACACCGCUGCACCAGGUGAUAAAACAAGCAGCAAACCACACCAUGCUGCUAAUGUCAGCAGAAAGCUGCGGUAGAGGAAAGUUAAUGUCCUCCAGACAGAUGGACGCACUAGAGGAAAGCACACCGCUGGUCCUUCUCCCAAAGGACGGCACAACGAAGAAAAUAAACUUCAAAAGGAAUUUCCAAGUUAUUCUCGGCAGCAAGACGGAGUGGAGCGAUUCCACGCUGGAAAAACUGUUGGAAGACAGUACCUUCCAGUGGUACACCGAUGGUAUUGGGGCAGGUAUUGCGGGACCGCGUACUAAGCUGUCCAUACCAAUGGGCUGCUUCCCAAGUAUCUUCCAGGCUGAAGUUUUUGCCAUAGGUCAGUGCGCGGAAUUCAACCUCAGCCGCAACUAUCGCAACCAGCGAUGGCUAUUCUCAGUGAUAGCCAAGCGGCACUAAAGGCGAUUUCAUCAUAUGAGAUCAAAUCGCUUUUAGUCGAGGAAUGCAUAGAGAGGCUAAACCGCCUGUCCUUGUGCAACCGGGUGCACCUAAUUUGGGUGCCAGGGCACAAAGGAAUAGAAGGUAACGAGAAGGCCGACGAACUGGCCCGCGCUGCGGCAGCGUCCAAGGUGAUGGGACCAGAACCAUACAUAGCGGUAGGAUCCCAUACUUUUAAGGAGCUGCUCCGCACGGAGGAAAGAACGGAGAGAGAACGGCAUUGGCACAGGCACAGGCAUCAGGCAUGCGCCACGCCAAACUGCUACUAGGGGGGUACAGUCUCUCCAGGUUGAAGGAACUUAUUAACCUCCCCCGUGAAAAAUUCCGUCUCCUCGUCGCAAUUUACACAGGGCACUGGAGGCUCAGGAAGCACUUGUCCAACAUGGGCAUAGUCUCCUGUGCUAACUGCCGGUUCUGCGACCUGGAACAGGAAACACCAGCACACCUAAUCCUGGAUUGCGCAGCAAUCUGUGGAAAAAGGCUUAAGGCUCUGGAUUCCAUUUUUAUCAGCAGGGAUCACAUCACCUCAGUAGCGCCCGGCAAACUCCUAGACCUAUUCAGGCUGCUGGGACUCUGGGAAGACAUGUGAUAUCGUAGAGGGCACAAUAGACCCUAGGUCGCGGUGCAUUACCUCAUAACAUUUAUCUAUCUAUCUAUCUAUCACAAAUCAUCAAAGUAAGUAAGAAUCACAAAGUACAAAAUAAAUAUACAUUUUUUUCAUUUAUUUUUACUCCAAUUUUAGUGUUUACAGAAAUACGAAAGCGCCGGCGAGAAAAGGAGGUGAAAAAAUGGACGGAAGCCGAAAUCAAAACAGUGCUUUGCUAUAUGCAGGAACACCGAAACAUCGAGGCGAGUUUUCGACACAUUAGUUAUUUAUUUUGAUUUCAUUACAUCUCCUUUAAUUUCAGAAACCAACAGCGAAAAUCUAUUAUAGUAAGUUGCUUGCAGUAACAAAAAUUGAAGCGACGUGGAAUAUUUUAAAAUGUAAGGUUCGGUAUUUAAAAACCCAAAUGAAAUCGGCAGAACACUGGCUAAACUCCACGAGCGCUGGAGUAGAGGAUGGCGAUGUGGAACUGACAGUGAUGGAUAAAGUGCUUAACCCUUAUGUCAACGGCAACAUACCUGGGUAUGUUUUGCGUUUUCGAAACGCUGUAGCUCUGAACUGAAUCGGAUCGACUUGAAAUUUCGUGAUAUCCUAGAGAAAACUGUUUUACGCAAUAGUCCCAAUUUUAGUUAGGAUUGGAUCAUCCGUUUGGUAGAUAAAGCCCAUUUACAAAUUUGCACCCUUACGUCAACAGCAUACAUACCUGGGUAUACCAUACCAUAUGUAU